CUUGAUAUGGUGGAAAGUGAACUCGUACUUGCCGAAGUUUCACGAUUACUCCCUCAACAAGACAAAGAAAUUAUAGACUGGAAGAAAUUGGUACGUAUUUGCAAAGAUUGUUUUGAUGAGCGAUAUAAUUUUUUCUUUGAUAGGAGGGACGAUACCACCGAUACGGCUAGAUCGUUAAAUAUCGAGCUAGGGAAAGUUUCCGUUUUAGGUAUCCAAGUAAUACGAGAUCGUGUGACUAUCAUUGAAGAAUUUUUAAAGAAUGCUCUUAAAUUGAGAUCCGUGGUUGAAAAAACUAUCGCAAUAGCGGUGGGUGUGAAAGAUGAAAUUAAUCUUUUGCCAGUAAUCGAAGAUCGGACCCCGUCAUCAUCAAUGAUGUCGACUACAUAUUCUCCACCAAGAAGUUAUUAG